UCCAUCGUUCCACAUGAACUACAACUUGCAAAUCGGUUUGCUCAGUUUAAAGAGUUACGCCAUCUUAGUGCAACUGCCAUGUCGGUUAUAUCUCGAGCGACACAAACGGAGCCCGCGGAUCGUCUGGCAGCUAUACAAUUGCGCUUGGAAGAACUGAAAAGCGCCUUGCCCGAAUACGCCGACUUGGCAGCGAAUCGUGAGGUGCAGUUUUUGCCAAAACCCAUACCUGAACAAAUAAAGCUGCACAGCAAAAAAGAAAGAUCAACAAUCUUUAUUGGCCCCAACCUGACCAGAGUCGAUCGGGCCGCCUAUCAGCGUAUAAAUUGGGACUGUUACUCACUGGCCACGCGGGCUCUAUUGGACGCAGUCUUUGACAAGCAGACACUGGCCACGAGGAAUAUUUCGGGCAUAAAGCUAGGCUCAAUGGGCCGCAUGCGGUCCACGGAUUAUAUACUAGAUCCGCUGAAGGUCAGCGAUAUUGUGCAGCUGGUGCAGCACAGGUGCAAGGUCAGCGAAACAGUCAUACGAAAAAUUAUCACCAUCAAAUGCUCGGACACAGCCAAUACCAAGCGCUUUAAAAAUAUUAUUUAAAAUAUCACAAUGGAUAGUUCUGUUAAAGUAAAGAUUUAAAUAUUGUUUGGUUCUCAUCUGCGGCUUUGUGCUGGCGUUCAAUUGCAGCGCAAAUUAUUUUAUACUGAUUGAAAAGGCAACAACAAAGAAAUCGGACGUCAUUAUUAUUUCAAGAGUCCUAGAAAAUAUGCUCUUAAUUGCGGAAAUAUAUUUCCAUUUCAAAAAUGGAUGUGAUAAUUAUACAGAAAUGCGCGCAUUACCAUCACAUUAAAAUCUCAAACAAUAGAGACAGUAAAAUGCAGCGCCCGAAUAAUGAAACACCAAAACCCAAUGCCGCCGAAUACCGAAUGACUGAAAGCGUGUUCAAGUGCGGAAAAGCUGAAAAUUAUUGUGAAAUGAAAGUGCUUUUUAAGUACCCUCCCCCUGCAUUUUUUUCAGAACGAGCCACUCGUUACCCUCCCCGGCAACGAAUGCAGUUUCGCGACAGGCGGCAAUCGCAAUUGCCGCAGGCGACGAACAUUACGAUAGAGCUGGGUGGGAUUAUCUAGCUUAAAUUGUAAGCUUUAUGUGCAAUCAACUUGGUUUUAAUUCAACCCAUCAGGUGUAGCCAUACUCAUAUCGAUAUUAAUCCAUCUUAUUCAAGUUCAUAUUGUGUAAAUAUAUUAGAAAUAAUUAUUUCGUAACCAA